GAUUUCAACGCAAAAAUUGCAUUUUGUGUGGGCUGUGGCAAGGGCAAGGCAAACCGCCUAUGACAUCGCUUGUAAUGCUGUUUGUAGAAGGUAUGAACAAUCUAAGCCGCAAAGGCUUUGACUGCAAGCCUUUCGGAAAUGCUCAUCAUGUUCAUUGCACAGCCAAAGCCAUUGCUUGUGUCGCAGACUUACCUGCAAAAGCUGACGUUUUAUGUAUGUCUCAUCACUCUGGCAAUUACAGCUGUCUACUCUGCGAACAAAAAGGUGUGCAUGUUUCGAGACGACGCGGGCACGUCCAUGUCUUUCCCUUCUCGGAAGAAGCUCCAGCAAGAACGAAAGAGUCCUUUAAACGAAAUGCACGAGAAGCAGUGCGAUUGCAACAACAGAUAUGCAUGCAUAACUGCAGGAGUAAAGACCGCUUCGCAGGUGCUUCUUUUGUGCCAUUUUGACCCAGUGAGAGGCACUGUCAUCGACUACAUGCACGGUAUUCUGUUAGGAGUCACAAAAACGCUGUUGCACCGUUGGAUUGAUAACGAGCACAAAGGAGAACGAUUUUAUAUUGGAAAUAAGAGAGAGCUGAUAGACCAAUGCCUUUGUAACAUUAAGCCUCCCGACUAUGUGAAAAGAGUGCCUCGAGGUCUACAGUGGUUAGGACGCUGGAAAGCGUCAGAGUUCAGAUCUUGGCUUUUGUUUUACGGUAUUCCCUGUCUUUGGGGAAUUUUGCCCAGUUGCUACUUGAAUCACUUUGCCUUGUUGACGGAGGAAAUUUUUAUCUUUCUUAGUGCAAAAUUAUCUGAAGACGCUAUUAAGAGAGCAGAAACCGUCUUACAGGCCUUUUGUGAGCAACUAGAGCCAUUAUAUGGUGCUAACAUCUGGGCUUUAAAUUUUCAUAAUCUUAGACACCUUUCACAACAGGUGAGAAAUUGGGGGCCUCUUUGGACUCAUUCUUACUUCUCGUUUGAAGACAUGAAUGGAUGUAUCAAAAAAUUGGCCCAUGGCACGGGCAAUGUCAUCUGCCAGAUUGCACGGAUGUUGUCCUAUGCGAAAGCAAGUGAAAUGAGUUUCAGUCCAAAAACAUCUACCUCCGGCAAAUCUGCCACCAGAAGUUGACCAUUCUCUUCAGAGUACUCAACGUGAGAACUUAUAUUAACUUAACUUAGGCUUCGUGGUUUUGAUCUACAAGCUUGCGUACGAUAUUUCAAUCAGGUUUAGAACGCUCGGACCUGUUACAAAAAUUGACAAAGAAGACACAGUGCUAGCUUUAGCUAGAGAGUUAGGCGUUUCAUGGGAAAAUCUACGUGAGUGUUCUAGGAUUCAACGCCGGAAUACCGUCUUCUUUGCUAGAACUUACCAAGCUUUUCAGCGAAGGGACCCGACCGUUGUUUCUCUUGAAACAAAUAUGUGCGCCAUAGUGCAGAGGUGGCUUGUUGAUGUCAGCAAAAACAAGCUGUACGCAGUUUUGGAGAUGCUGACAAUUGUG